AUGCAAGGAUCAGAUAAUUGGGAUUCGAGAUUUAGUAGCCCAGUUACUAGAAUAAAACAUCCACAUGAACACAAUUUGUCAUAUUAUAGUAAAUGCAUGUUUGGAGGAAUAUUGUCUUGUGGAUUGACACACACAUUAAUAACCCCAUUAGAUGUUACAAAAUGUAGAAUUCAAACAUAUCCAAAUAUAUAUAAAAAUUUAUUUCAAAGUAUAGGAAAAAUAAUAAAAGAGGAAAAAGUUAAAAGUUUAUCAUUAGGAUGGACUCCUACAUUUAUAGGAUAUUCUCUUCAAGGUUUAUGUAAAUUUGGUUUUUAUGAAAUAUUUAAAGAUGUGUAUUCAAAUUAUUUAGGAGAAGAAUAUGCAUAUAAAUAUAAAGGAGCAACAUGGCUACUUGCAUCAGCAUCAGCAGAAUUUGCAGCAGAUAUAUUUUUAUGUCCAUUUGAAAUGAUUAAAGUUAAAAUGCAAACAAGUAAACCUGGAACAUUUCCAAAUAAACUAUCAAAAUCUUUUUCAUUUAUGUUAAAAAACAGAAGCGAAACAAAAUUUCCAUUUGGUAGUGUUUCACCUUUAUGGUGCCGUCAAAUCCCAUAUACUAUGGCUAAAUUUUAUUUUUUUGAAAAAAUUGUUCAAUUAAUGUAUGAUAAUGUAUUUACCCAACCAAAGGAUACCUAUUCUAAGUCAACACAAUUAGGUAUAACUUUCGCAUCAGGAUAUUUAUCUGGUAUUAUAUGUGCACUAGUUUCACAUCCUGCCGAUAAUAUGAUAUCUCAAUUAGGAAAGGUAGAAAACAAGGGGAAAACUUUAUCUAUUAUAACAAAAGAGAUGGGAAUGUAUAAUUUAUUUACGAAAGGUAUAUGCACAAGGGUUUUAAUGAUAGGAACAUUAACAGGUUUACAAUGGUGGAUAUAUGAUACAUUUAAAUCAGUUAUGGGUUUAGGUACAUCUGGAUCAGGAUCUGUUGCUAAAAAAUGA